GUCAAACUCAGUAGAAAUGCCAGAGAAAUCAGACUGCUAUUUUUUGACACUCGAAUAAGAGGAAUAAAUCCUGAUAAAAAUCGAAUAACAGUUGUUUAAAAAAGAAAAAAGAAAGAUGGAUCUUUUCUCACGAAAUUUUAUCGCUAGUAAUUUAAAACACUUUCUUUUGAAUUCAGCGAAAAAAUUCAACGUACAACAAACAAGAAGUAUCAGAUUAGCCGAGGUUGGAAAACUUGAAACUCCUAAGUUACAAGGAAAAUACGAUACAGGUCAGUUGAUUUUGCAUAGAGUUUUUGGUUACCGUGGAAUCAUUUUAUUCCCUUGGCUGGCAAGAGUAUAUGACAGGGAUAUACCGAAUAUCAAGGAAGAAAACAGCGAUGGGAAUUUCAAUAGCGUUGGUAAAGAAGUCAAAGGGAGGACUCACACGUUUUAUCAGGUUCUAAUAGAUCAAAGAGAUUGUCCUUACAUACGUGCUCAAACCGAAGCAGUAACAUUUUUGGGUAAUCAUGAAAGCAGCCGUAGUUUGUAUGCAAUACCAGGUUUAGAUUACGUUGCUCAUGAAGAUAUUUUGCCAUAUACUACCAACGAGAAAACUGCUUUGCAACAUGAACUCUUUGAUAAAUUUCUCACUUAUGAUGCAGAAAAAGAUCCAUGUUUUGUUGCUCAAGAGACGUUGAAGGCUUGGCAGAAAAAGAAUCAUCCGUGGUUAGAAUUGUCUGACGUUCAUAAAGAAACAACUGAAAAUAUUCGUAUUACUGUGAUACCGUUUUAUAUGGGUUGCAGAGAAAAUCAAGCUGCAUCCGUUUAUUGGUGGCGAUAUUGUAUUCGUUUGGAAAACUUAGGAGAUUUGAGUGUCCAAUUAAGAGAAAGGCAUUGGAGAAUAUUUAGUCUUUCUGGUACAUUAGAAACUGUAAGAGGAAGAGGGGUCGUAGGACAGGAGCCUGUAUUAUCGAAAACAUUACCUGCAUUUCAAUAUAGUAGUCAUGUCAGUUUACAAGCUCCGAGUGGUCACAUGUGGGGAACAUUCAGAAUGGAAAGAGAAGAUGGAUAUGCAUUCGAUUGUAGAAUACCACCUUUUUCAUUAGAAUCAAAAACAGAAGAAACACCUAUACCAGACGUAGAGGCAUAAUAUUUUUAAGAAACAAUUUAGAAACAUCGACAAUUUUUCGUAUUUCUCAUUUUGUCAGGAAAAGCUUUCUCCAUCCUAUUAUAUGGUAGUUAUCUAAAUUUAAAGUUACUUUAUUAUACAUCUUUUAUGCUUUUUAGUUUCAUUAAACUGUAUAUAUUAAUUAAAAUAUGCUUUUCAUAUUUUUUAGUAGUAGAUUA